AACUGCAUAUAUAAACUGCCAAAGAGUGCAGCUUGAAAUACAGAGUCAUGUGCUGUGUAAAAGUUUGACUGAUUGUGUCACUGUGUUUACAGGAGGAUGGCUCAAGGUUCUUUUCCACUGACGACCUUCUGACUGCACAGGCUCAAACUCGUUACGCACGUCGCCUUAAGAAACUCAAAGCACAUCAAGAUGCGUGUGAGAGGCGCUAUGAGGAGGCUCAGACACAAAGAUUGAAUGAUGAGAGAGAAAGGACCUUGUUAGACGGUAGACUCAACACAGUGAUGGAAGAUGAAAUAGAGGUUCCACCCUUAACAAGAACAGACAGUGUAUUUCUGACCAAAGAAAUGCUUGGGUACACCUCCAAUUUGUCACCUUCCACUAUCAGCAGUGCGGAUGAGUAUGUCCCAGCAUCAUCAGAGGCUAGUUCAGAUGAAUCAUUAGAAGAAAGAAGUCAGAAGCAAAGACCAAAGACGUCAUCAGAAUCAAAAAAUGUCUCAGAUGGGUUAUUGGGAGCAAAGAAAGAGAAGCAAGGCAUGGAAGCAAGUGUGCAUUCCAGAGAAGAGGAUUCAGAUGAACCAAGACUCAAAACAGGGAUGGAAGUAAAGAGGAUCUUUUUUUCUAGUCAGGAAGAAGAUUCUGUUAAAUCAACACUCAAAACAAAAAAAAUAUACAAGAGAAGUUACAAGAGAUGCUCAAGUUUUAGUGAAGAAGAGCAUUCAGGUGAAUCAAGACUCAAAACCAAGAGAUACAAAAAGAGAAAGAAAGAUAUAAAGACUUACACAAGAUGUAAAAAAUCUUCUAUCUCUAGUUCAGUUGAGAAGAGUGGUUCUCUGGUUGUAGCUGAUGUUCCAAAUGUAGAUGGGUGCAAGAAGUACCACCAAAAGAGAAACUACUGCAUGUACUGCGGGAAACCGCAAACAAAAAUUGCACGCCACCUGGAACGUAAACAUGGGGAUAAAAAGGAAGUUGCUCGUGCAGUGAUGUAUCCACCGAACUCUAAAGAAAGGAGAAAUCUGCUGGAUCUCCUUCGCAAGCAAGGAAAUAGGGCACACAACAUUGAGGCACUCACAAAAGGAGAAGGGACACUGGUACCUUGUAAACAGCAAAGUGAUGGCAAGAGCAAUCCAAAGGACUAUCAGCAUUGUUUUGCAUGCUUUGGGUACUUCAAGCGCAAAUCGCUGUGGAAGCAUGCAAAACGGUGCACACUUGCUCAAAAUGUUCGCAGAACAUUACCCGGAAAAACAAGAAUACAAACACUCUGUGCUUCUGCUCAGCCUGUACCUCAAGAUGUUCACACGAAGGUAUGGGCCCUUGUGAAUGGCAUGACUCAAGACGAAAUUGCCCAUGCAGUAAAAGAAGACAUCUAUAUCAUGAAGGUAGGAGAGAAGAUGUAUAACCGCCAACGUGAAACUGCCUCUCAGCAUGACAAUGUUCGUCAAAUUAUGCGAGGACUGGGUAGACUCUUGAUCAUAGGAAGGACGGUGACCCCUCUGAAAACAAUAGAGGAAUAUAUUGAUCCACAACACUUUCACCAUGUGAUUCGAGCUGUAAAAGAAGUAGCUGGCUUUGAUGAAAAGAGGAACAAGUUUGGGAAACCCACUCUAGCCACAAAGCUAGGGCAAAGCAUCCAGAGAGUUGCCGAUAUCAUGGAGGCUGAAGCUCUUUCAUCUCAGAACAAUGAAAAGAAGCAGGUUGUCCAAGAGUUUAGGCGCUUGUACAGUCUUACCUGGAAUGAAAUGAUCUCUUCUGCUGCGUACCGUACACUUGAGGAGAAGAAAUGGAACAAACCCAAGCUCAUUCCAUUGGCAGAGGAUGUGAAAAAAAUGCAUAUGUACAUGACUGACAAACAGAAGCAAUACUACAAGCAGUUGUUGGUUGAGAAAAUCCCGAAGAAUUGGAGCAAUCUUGCUAAAGUAAUAUUGGCACAGAUAAUCCUUUUCAACCGAAGGCGGGAAGGCGAGGUCUCAAAGAUGCGUUUGGAAGCAUUUCUCACCAGGGACAACUCCCCACUUAAUGAAGAUAUUGGUGAAGCACUGACGGCAUUGGAGAAGAGGCUCUGCCAGCAUUUUGAACGUGUGGAAAUUCGAGGGAAGCGUGGCAGAAAGGUGCCUGUCAUCCUUACUCCAGUAAUGGUGCAAUCUCUGGAGCUAAUGGUGGAGGAGAGAAGCUCAUGUGGAAUAGGUGAAAACAUCUAUUUAUUUGCAAGACCAGGUUUUGAAACAAGGCUUCGGGGGUCUGACUGCAUCCGUGAGUUGGCCAGAAAGUGUGGGGCUGAAAAACCUGAAGCUCUGUCAUCAACAAAACUAAGAAAACAAGUGGCCACUCUAUCAAGAGUACUCAAUCUUAAUGACACCGAACAAGAUCUUUUGGCAGACUUUCUGGGGCAUGACAUAAGGGUACACAGGAAGUUCUAUCGCCUACCCGAAGGGACUUUGCAGUUAGCUAAGAUCAGUAAGGUAUUGAUGGCCUGCGAACAGGGCAGACUGGCAGAAUUCAAGGGGAAAAGUCUGGACCAAAUCUCGAUCAGCCCAAAUGACCGAUAUGAAGUUGUGGAAAAAAGCUCAGGGGAGUCAUCUGAAGAUGAAGGUCCAGCGGCUCCACCAGGAGAGGAACCUGUGACUCGAGGCGAACAGGGCACUUCAGAGCAGCAGCCUGUAGAGGAGCAAAGCUCGGGAGGAGUGGAACCUGUGACUCGAGAUAAGAAAGGCACUUCAAAACAGCAGCUUGGACAGAAACGAGGCUCGGGAGGUGCUAGAAAGGUAAAACGAAUGUGGUCAACAGAGGAGGUGAAAGCAGUUGAAAAGUCUCUGAUGGAGUUCAUUCGUAUUGGCAAGACACCUGGAAAACAAGCCUGUGAGAAGUGCAUCGCUGCUUCCCCUGAAGCCCUCGCUGACAGGGACUGGAAAGCGGUCAAGUUCUAUGUUUACAACAGAAUUAUUUCAGAUCAGAGACUGUAGACAUGGACCAAGCUUAUAAAGGUAGGCCUACACCUUCCACAUCAUGACAGGAGGCCUUCUGUUUCUAUAGGAUACAUGAGGUGUAUCUAUUAUAUGUUGGCUGUACACAUAGUGAGGCUGAAACUGUUCAUCUGUUGUAAAAACUAAAAAAAGUUACAUGUAAUCAUUGUUAAAGGGUUUGAUUAAAGGACCCCAAAGGUUAAGGAGCCUUUCACUUAUAAUGCAAUGCAAUACAAUGCAACAACUUCCUGGUUCGUCUUUUUUACUGCGGUGAACCUUUUGGAUAUGUAGGUGUUCUGUCUGAGAAGACACUGUUGUAUUUAAGUCACACCUGUUCAUUAAAGGAGACCUGUUAUACUCA